UAAGCAGAGCUAUGGGAAAUCGCAGCCUUCGUCGGCGGCACGAGGAUUCUCUAGCCCCCCUCGCCCCACUCAAGAGCGAUUCGGACAAGAGGUCAGUCUCACGGAUGAUUAGGCGGCGCCGCGGCCCCCGCCUCCUCGUCACCGCAUUGGCGCUCUUAUUCGCCAUCGCCGGUACCGCAAUCGCGGCCUCUCUGUGCGCCAGAUUUCUCCUCUUGAAUGCCAACAGGCUUGGAAGGCAAUGCAGCAGUGGGAUUGGCCCGCGACAGGAGUUGAGUUUUGGGAUUGUGAGCUGCUCCGACGAUCUGAGCACCGUGCCGCACAGAUCGUUCCACGGGAUGAUGCAGCUCGUGUCUCCCAACAAGCAGAGAUACGCCGCGAUGCAUGGCUAUGGCUUCAUUGACGCCAGUGACGUUCUUGACGCUGAGAGGCCCCCGAGCUGGAGCAAGAUCAAGGCAGUUCGCAAGCAUCUGGGGAGCUACGACUGGAUCUUCUGGAACGAUGCCGACUCUCUCGUGACGAACUUUGCAGUGACGCUGGAAGAGGUGGUGAGUUCCACGCUUGGAGAUGUCAAGUAUGAGGACAGGCCAGAUCUUAUCAUCACGCAGGACGUGACGGGAUUCAAUGCAGGGAUGUUCUUCAUUCGUGACAGUGCGUGGAGCAGGGACUUUCUCACCCGGUGGUGGAACCAGACAUCGCAUAUCAAACCGUUUGGCGAGUCCAAGAGCGGAGACAAUGAUGCGCUCAAGUUUCUGAUUCAGUCUAUGCCCGCGGAGGAAAGGCAAAAGCACAUCCACGUUCCUCGAAUGCAGUGUUUAUUCAACUCUUACCUCUGGAUGCCUACCUGGAGAAAUGUGUAUCGACUUCUGGUAAUGACGAGAAUGGUGUGGAAAGGUAAGAGCCGGAGUGGACAACAAGAAGAGGUGGAUUCAUGA